AUGACCGGCAUCGAGAAUCAAACGGGCACUGCCGAAGCUCAGUCGAUAUUCACUUCCCUCAACUUUCUGCCAAAUUUGACGAGUCUGGUAUUCCCGAAUCUCUUGGUGCACACAACUGAAGGACCAGUGCUUGGGAAGCAGGAAUGGAGUCCAGAGAACCGAUUUUAUCGAUCAUUCAGAGGCAUUCCAUUUGCUCAGCCACCUGUAGGAAAACUUCGAUUUGAAUCACCACAACCAGUGCCCUACUGGUGGGGAGUGCGAUUGGCAACCAACUUCAACAAUCCAUGCUUGACUUAUCUCUUUUGGAUCACGCUUGGAGAAGAAGAUUGCCUUUACAUCAACGUUUUCACACCGGGGUCUUCAGAAUUGGCAAACUCGGAAGGAUUGGUUCCUGUAAUAUUCUGGGUACAUGGCGGAAGUUUCUAUUCGGGUUCGGAGCUGCAAAGGACCCUUUACUUGCCAGGAACAUUCAUUGACAGAGGAGUCAUUUUUGUCAGCUUCAAUUACAGACUUGGGCCUUUGGGGUUCAUGACCACCGAUGAUGCAGUGAUACCUGGGAAUUACGGGGCCAAGGACAUGGUUGCUGCUUUGUAUUGGGUUCAGCGGAACAUCCGAAAAUUCGGAGGUGACCCGAACAAGGUCACUCUUUUAGGUCAAAGCAGUGGAGCUGUCUCCGCUCAUGCCCUGACACUUUCGCCGCUUACCACAGGGGCACUGUAUAAUGAGCAAAUGUACAAGACAAUCACAGAAACAUGGGACAAUGAUUGCGGACUAUUGGCAUACUGGUCAUUGAGGUUCAGGGAAGUUUGGCCCAGUCCGGAAAGUUUAAUAGCUCUUUGCAUUCGCACCAGGCAACUUUAUGCAAAUGGCAAGGACAGAAUGGACGCCGAUGGCACCGGAAACGAUCUCAUUCAAUUUUCCUCAGACCUGUCGUUCAAAUUCCCUCCGUACGCUGCUGCUCUGCUACACUCAAAAUACUCUGGAAACAAGGCCUACUUUUACACCUGGGAUCAUGUCAAUCAAGGAGCACUGAACAAUGUGGAGAUUUUUAAUUUAAUUUACGAUCUUCAUUUGCAGUUCGUAUUCACGACUGCGAAAAAGUUUAGAAAAUUCCGCCUCCAGCCUGGUCGGUCACAUUCAGACGAUUUGUUGCUGCUGUUCGACCCUUUGCAGCUUCAGCAGUUAACACCCGAGGAUAUAUCGGUCAAAAAUUUGGCUGCGAACCUCUUCAUCUCCUUCGGAAACACACUGACGCCAACAUCAACGGACGUCACCUGGCCGGAGUUCGAAGAGACAGAACAAAGGCAUAUUUCCUUUCAAAAUCCACCUGUUUUGAGUCAGUUCGCUGUGACACCCGAAAAACAACGGUUGAUCGUUGACUGGUAUGACAACCAUCAAAAAACAUUCCCUGGCAUUGAAAACAUCCCGACCCUGGCUGAGCUAAUGGGUCUUUAGUCUGAAGCAGCAGUUUGCUGCUGAAAUUCAAUACAGCAGUCUCGUAUUGACAUCACGAUCGACGAGAAAGGCUCGACGUAAUUUAAAUACUUGUGAUCAUGAAUAAAU